AUGCAUCUGAACAAAGCCCACUCUGAUAUAUUGCCGAUGAAGACUGGCGAAGUCACUAUGGCCACGCGGCAUUACAGGCAUUCGCCGUGCGUCAUUGUAGACCUGGUUCGCUGCAGGCCGACUACCGGUUCCGGGACUAGGAGUUUUAGUGCCGACUUCGUGCGCGAUCUGGGGUCAUAUCGAAAAGAGCGCGAUGAGGAC